AUGGUAGCUACGGGAGGACUGUAUGCACCAACUAUCCGACAUAGUCAGGGCAUCACCUAUAUUAUCUGCACAAAUGUCAUCCAUGGCCCUUCCAAUAUAUCAGGUGAUGAGCGAAGUGAACAGUUCAUCAUCCACACAGCAGACAUUCGCUCAGGCAACUGGUCUGAUCCUAUUGUCUUUCCGUUUCCUGGCAUUGACCCAUCUUUGCUUUUUGAUGACGACGGCCGGGUCUAUGUUCAGUUAUGCAAGACAGGGCCUCAGUUUCAGAUCUACAAUUUGGAGAUCGACAUUGCAACCGGGAAUAUGAUCACGGAGCACACACUCAUAUGGGAAGGAUGGAAAAAAGGAUACACAGAGGGUCCGCAUAUCUAUAAGAAGGACGGCUGGUACUACCUGUUAUGUGCAGAGGGAGGAACAUUUUCGUACCACAUGUUGAGCAUUGCACGAUCAAGAAAUAUUUGGGGGCCAUAUGAGUCCUACGAGAACAAUCCGCUGUACACGGCCCACAAUACCACUCACUACGUUCAGAACACUGGACAUGGAGAUCUGUUCCAAGACAAGAGUGGACGCUGGUGGGUUGUGAUGCUGGGAAUCCGUAAGAGGGAAGGUCGAUCCAUCAUGGGUCGGGAGAGUUUCCUUACGGCAGUGGAUUGGCCUGACAAUAGCUGGCCUACUAUCGAUCCUAUUAUAGCCGAUAGUGAUGUGGGAGCGACACCUAACGUGCCUCUGAUCGGGACUUUGUCCUCUGCUCCGUGGGUCUAUUUGAGGGAUGCAAAUCUCGAUCGAUACCAAUUCCGAGGAAACAUCAUCAUGUUGCAAGCAGCCUCGGUAGAACUUACCAGUGCAGAAGAAUCAGUUACCUUUGUUGGCCAGCGACAACGAAAACUCAACGCUAGUGCGUCGGUCACCCUACAUAGGCCACAAAGCUGUACACAGGUUCGAGCCGGUCUGGCUCUGUACAAAGAUGAGCAUCGUUUUCUGUCAAUCGAAUACGAAUUUGAUAGCCAGCAGGUCGUUUUCAGUGGACUGAACAAAGCAAAGUCUUUGUAUUGGAAAGAGACACAAGGUCUUGAGGCUCAAGAUACCUUAUCCUUUAGAAUUGACUACACUGAGACAUCUUUGGAAUUUUCCUUUCGUCGGGCUGAAAUACCCUGGAGUUCUCUUUGCACGAUUGAUACGGCCCUCUUAACAGAUUAUGACUUCACUGGUCCUGUCAUUGGAGUAUUUGCUCUUGGAAAUGACAACAAGGUGGAAUUCAGCGACUUUGAAAUUGAUGUUUAG